UUGAACAUCAAGAACAAAAAAAUAAUAAUAAUAAAUCUUUUUGUGAAGCAAAUCACAACUAAGGAUGGUGGGUUUGAAGAGAUGCAUUGUGGCAUUAUUGUCUGUUGUCUAUCUAACCUUCCAUGCUGAUGCCGCUAACAACUUCUGUGCCACCGCCAUUGACAAACAGCUUUGUGAGAAGAUGGUGAAGGGAGCACCAAACUGGAACCAGGCAAUAACCAAUGCCAUAACUGAGGCUCAGAGUGAACUAGCAAAGACCAGUAAGUCAGGAAAUCCCAAUUGCCAAGAGGCCUACAAAGACACAGAAGACAAAUUGAAGGAGAGCAUGGAGACAGCUAAGAAGGGGAAUGAGGAUGGUAAGUUGAACUUCCAACUCUCAGCAGCACUAACCAGCCUUGAAGACUGCACUAAUGCACUCAAAGAUUUGAAAGAAGACGCAUCUGCUGCUACGACAUUGAACCAUGGUGUCGAGCAAGCAAUCAGAAUUUGUUUGGCUGUUGAUACAUCUAAGUCAUCCGCCUAACAAACACAAUAAUGUAUGUGGAAAUCGAAGUGUUUAUUAUUUUCAAGUUCUACUCAAGAUUUCAAAUUGUAUAUACUCAAUAUCAUAUUAAAUAU